CUAAAUGUACUGCUUUGGAAGUAAAGCAAACGAAAACUGAAAUAUGUGUUUUUAUGCGUGGUCGACCGCGUAUUUUUAGAGUUGUGUAUAUCAGACCACAAAAAUCUUCGUCACAAAUAAGAAAGGGCCGUAGUGCUCGAAAUCUUUCGACUGGCAAAUUUCCCAUUAUAUGCGACCGCACGAAUCAUCUUUUGAUGAGAAGAGAAUUUUUCAAUCAGUUCCAUUUUAGGGUUAUCUUUCACAUUUGCAGAAAAUGUGAAAGCGUUUUUCUUCCUCUCUAAGGCUUCGUUUUCUGGGGAGAGCUGGAAGUGAGUGUUAAUUGGCCGUAAAGCGGGGUCUUCUAGGAGGAACUGUGGACCGCCAAACCAUGUAGAAUUAUUCAAUUCAGCCAUGUUACAACUCCGAGACAUUAGAUCCGCAGGAUUUUGUUUUGUUGACACAUGUCGCCAAUGUACAUUGUCAGUCAAUUCUUGGAUUUCGGACACUAUUUGCGACAAAUAUUUGUAAUGAAGAUGGAUGCAUUUUUACCCAAUGCAAUGUCGAUGACUUAUUGAUAGAUCCUGAUCCUAUUUUGAGUCUCUAGAUCCUAAAAGAAGUGAAGUAAUUAGAAUAUUAAACUCGGCCGGAUUCACCUUAACGAAGUAGUUUACGAACCACCCUAAAUUUUUCGACAGCCAACUUUAGUGAUCUGCGAGCCUAAACGGAACAUAUUGUCAGUCUCCGCUCGCCUCGAUCCUCUUAGAUUAAUAGCCCACUAGUUACCAAAGCAAAAAUUUUAUUGCAAGAGCUUUGGAUUCAAAAACUAGAUUGAGAUGAGUCGAUUCCAUUGCGCUUCGACACUAGCUGGCAGAAUUUGAAAGAAAACGAAGAAGAGUUGAGUACAAUUUUUUUUGGAUGGUUGGGCCUACCAUAAAAAGUUCAUUUAAUGAAACUUGGGAUGAAGUAUGACUCAAAGCGUCAAAAACAACACGUAAUUUGGUUUUUGUGCUUUCGGGCCUUAAAUGAAAUAGUGUGGCUCACUCGGGAUCUUAUUGUUAUUUAGGCUCAUGUGACCCAGUGCUCUGUAUUCAUUCAUCAAGUUCAGAUACAUUUUACGAACUUCUGGAUCUUUCAGCUUUCUUCUCUCCAGUGCCUGAAAACGCCGAACUGCGGUUUCAUAAGAGUGACCGACUAACUUCAGUUGUUUUCACGAAAAUAUUUUCACAUUCUUCUUGCUCUUGCUGAAGGUAAUUCUUCUGAAGCCCAAAAUUUUUGGACCAUCGAAUUUAUUGACGUUAAGUCAUCUUCAGAUUGGCAGACACAUCCCACCCCAAAGCGUUUUCUGUAGCGUUGGUUGAUUAGGGCCACUUUUAAUUUGGCCAAACCCUAACAGAUCGAAAAAGGUUUCUGAACCAAAAAAGAUAUCAAUAUUUUUUGAUUUAUGGAAUUCUGGAUUCGCCAAUUUAAUAUUUUGCGGAGUUUUCCAGCAAUUAACAUUUAUGGUAUGGUCUGGAUAAUUAGUCGAAAUGCAACUCAUUAUCCAGAAUUCCGCCGAAAAUUCGUAAUUAUUUACCCCCGACUUAACAAACGCGCUUAAUUUUGUCCCCACUUUCGUAUUUCCAAUUCCUAUUAUGUUUAACGUUUUAUGUUGGCGUCGAAUACGCAACUUUUGUGCCAAGUCCUCCGUCAUAAAGUUGACUUGGGAGCCUGAGUCCAGCAACGCUCUCACAGGUAGGUAAUCAACACAACUGGUCCUCACUUGAAUCACCGAUGUUACCAACAUGACCCGAUCCGGCAUACUCGCUGUAUGAAUGGCAUGUGUGGUUGAUGGUUGCGGAUGAGAUGCAGCGGGGAAGGAAACCGAAUACUGGUGCAAUAAUGUGUGAUGCGAUCGAUUGCACAGACGAUAUCAAUCCGUUCUGCACUUGCGCAAAUAAUUCAUGCAUAAGGGCACCGAUUUCCCGAACUUUGCUGCACCGGAAGCGCCUUAAAAGUGGAGCAGGCAGUCAAAUAGUGGUCCUUGGAUUUGCAUUGCUGACAAAGAGACUGCCUAUGUUCUAUAUGCUAUUAUAGAUAUAUGUGUAUUUAUAUGAACGUGUCAAUAUACAUAAUUGAAAGUGAGAAAAGGGAGGGCCAAAAACUGAAAGUGGGCUCUUGUUUUUAUUUACGAUUUUAUGGACCCUUUGCGUAGAAGAAAUGGUUUUUUCAGCAAAAUCAAUUAAUUUUACGGGGUUAGGGGUAGUCAGAAAUUUCAAAAAAGUAUUUUUUUUUUUUGCAUUUUCGUUAAGAUUUGUAAUAUCUUAUUCUCUGAAAGUUUCACGUUGAUCCGAUAAUUAGUUUUUGAGUUAUUCGACAAAUAACAAAGAGAGCUCGGGCACUUCAAAGCAAAAAGGCAAACUUUAAACGCGUUUUUCUCAAAACUAUGUUUUUUGAACUGGUGACAACUGUAACUCGAAAACCGCUCAAUAGAUUUUAAUGAAAUUUAUACAGCUUUUUUUUCAAAAUUUCGAUUUUUUAAGACCAACUAACUGUUGAUUUUUUCCCAAAAAUUUAGAAAAGAAUUUCCCGAGGCCGCCAUUUUGUUAAUUAAAAAAAAAAUAAAUAAAAUCCUUCGAUCAGGCCCAAGAUUAUCUAUUUAUAAAACAUUUUUUUUUGUCCGAUUGAUUUUAGAUGAAUCCAAGGACUUAUGGUUGCACCUUUUUUUGGAACUAGGUCAACACAAACAACUAUAACUUUGAAAAUAUUUUUUUUUUUUUUGAAAUUUUCGUGACUUCAAGUCACCGCAUUCUAUAAUAAUGCCAUAUUACUACUUUUGUAAAAUAACAUGAUUUAAUAGCAAAAAAAAAUACUAAAAAUUCUCAUUUUUUCGUGCCUCUGACAACCCCUAACCCCUUAAUCAAAAUAGUCUCCUUCUGCUUCUGUUAGCUCGUUGGCCGGUAUGGUCGCCAGUAUGCCGGUGCAAGCCUUUUGAAUAGUUUGGAGUGGUUAAUGGUUAAAAUGUGAUUUUUGGACAAAUAAUCGUCCUUCGAAUGUUGGAUUCUGAGCAAUUUUUGGUAGUUAGUCAAUUUGUGCAUAACAAGCCGUGCACACACCUUUCGUAAGCCCAAAUGUUUGUUCAAAAUGCGAUAAAUCGAUGUUUUAGAGAUGUUCAAUUCCAUUUCCAUGAAUUCCAAUGGUGAUUUCGGCACAUUUUCGAUUAACUUUCCGGUGAUCACGAAUUUUGAUUGGCCCACAUAUUGAUCCUCAUUUAUGUCCCUAUGACCACUUUGAAAACAUUGAAACCACUCGUGCACUCUGCUACGGGAUAGGCAAUCAUCGCCAUAAACUUUUUUCAUCAAUUGAAACGUUUAGGUAAAAGUUUUACCAAUUUUAAAACAAAAUGUCAUGUUGCCUCUUUGUUCGAAGCUCAUUUUCGCACCGAUAACUCAAACAUACUAGGAGUAUUCUCUUGCUCUUGCAAAACCCGGUGCACGGUGCAGGAAUUGCAGAUUUACAACGGCACAACAACAAACACACGCAGAAAAAUAUUUGCAAGGGCUGUAAAAUAUAUCAGACCAAAACCCAUGUAUAUUUGCGUGCAAUGUCACGCAAAAAUAAAAUUGCAACCCUGUUGUAGUUGCCAUUUUAUAUAAAGACAUAUUACGUCGUUAAAUUGUUGAGAAAGGUAAAUUUUAAUUAGAUUUUAUAAUUUCUAUUUAAAUUAUAAAGUUUUGUUACAGUUUUUUUGUUAAAAAAGUAUGCAGAAGGUGCGCCAAUUCACAAUAGCCAUGCACAAUAGUCAUUUACAAUAAAUUGACUGAAUCAUAACAUGAUAACAGAUUCUAACGCACCAGUCGACAUAUAGAUGGCGCCAACGGGGGGCGCUAGAUUCAAAAAGUCCUGUUUACUUCGGAACGUACCUUGUGUUAUUUUAUUCACUUUUUGUUCACUUUGUGCACUGUUUUCGUUGUGGCACUUUUUGUUGUUUGUAUUUGUUAAUGUUCUCUGCACUUCUGACACUUCACUUUUGCACAUAUGUAGAUAUGCAUGUAUGUAUUCUUCUAUUAAUUUUUAUACCCUGAACAGGGUAUAUUAAGUUUGUCACGAAGUUUGUAACACGCAGAAGGAAACGUCGGAGACCCCCUAUGAUAAGUGUGUUGAGCUGAGUCGAUUUAGCCAUGUCCGUCUGUCUGUAUAUAUACGAACUAGUGCCUCAGUUUUUAAGAUAUCGUUUUGAAAUUUUGCAAACGUCAUUUUCUCUUCAAGAAACUGCUCAUUUGUCGGAACUGCCGAUAUCGGACCACUAUAACGUAUAGCUGCCAUACAAACUGAACGAUCUGAAUCAAGUUCUUGUAUGGAAAACUUUUGCAUUUGACAAUGUAUCUUCACAAAGGUUGGCACAGAUUAUUUUCUAAGGCAGCAAUGUAAUCUCCGAAGGAAUUGUUCAGAUCGGCUUACUAUAGCAUAUAGCUGCCAUACAAAAUGAACGAUCGAAAAAAAGUUCUUGUAAGGAAAACUUUUGCAUUUGAUAAGAUAUAUUUACGAAAUUUAGUAUAGAUUAUUUUCUAUGACAAAAAUGUAAUAUCCGAAGAAAUUGUUUAGAUCGGUUAACUAUAGCAUAUAGCUGCCAUACAAACUGGACGAUCGGAAUCAAGUUAUUGUAUGGAAAACUUUUGCAUUUGACAAUGUAUCUUCACAAAAGUUGGCAUAGAUUAUUUUCUAGGACAAAAAAGUAAUAUCCGAAAAAAUUUUUCAGAUCGGAUUGCUAUAACAUAUAGUUUCCAUGUAAACUGAACACAUAGUUACUAAAAGAUAUGCACCUGUGAAGGGUAAUAUUAGCUUCGGUGCAGCCGAAGUUAACGUUUUUUCUUGUUUUUUUUUUUUUAAUUUUGUUUUGUUUUUUGUUUUUUGUUUCAUUUUUAUUUGUUUUCACUUCACAAGGCCGAAAACCGAAAAGUAUUAAACAGGCAAUUGGUACCGAAAAUAAUAACGAACACUAAUAUGUGUUUUUGUAUGUUUAAAAAUUUUAAUUUUAUUUAUUUCUUAAAUGCACGCACAAGUCUCUGCUCGGGCGCCAUGAAAUUUCCAAAGUUUUUUUGAGACACGAAAAGUUAAAUUAAUUUUAGAAAUUAAAAACUACCAAUUGCCUGUCUUGAAAGAAGUAAAAUUAAAAUAGCCGACAAAUUAAAACACGUGCGUAAGGUUUCACGGUUCAAUUCAAAGAGAGUUCUUUAUUCCGUUUUAUGGAAUCGCUUAGCCUAUAUCUUAAACUAACGGCUUAAUCUAGUGGUAAUGUAAGUAUGUGUUACAAAAGGGGUAAGUAAUUAUUUUUCGUUAAACAUUGUACUAGCUAACAUAAGCUAUACAUGAUCGAUCUGGUUUGUGGUUUUUCGAUCCGGAGACAGCCAGAUAGCUUGAUGAAUCUUCUUAUGCUGGAAUCUAGUACUACAGAUAACCAUAUUUCGAGACCCGGCGAAUUCGAUCAGCCUCAACCCACUUGGGGAUGUUUCCUCGUGGAGGUUGAAUUUAAAGACCGUAGUGUCAAAGAUACCUUCUUUGUCCACCUUGGCGUUAAAGUCGCCAAGCACGAUUUUUACAUCGUAGCGGGGGCAGCUCUCAUAAGUGCGCUUCAAGCAGUCAUAAAAGGCUUCUUUGGUCACAUCGUCCUUCUCUUCUGUCGGGGCGUGGGCGCAAAUGUUGAAGAUCCUCGCUUUGAUGCGAAUUGUGGCUAGACGUUCAUUCACCGGAGUGAAUGAUAGUACUCGGCGACGGAGUUUCUCUCCCAGCACGAAUCCCGCGCCAAACUUGCGCUCCUUUAUAUGGCCACAAGGAUUUGUCUCUGUCCUUGUCCCGUCCAUCGCAUUUCUUGGACGGCGGUGAUGUCAGCCUUUAUUUUCACGAGGACAUCAACCAGCUGGGCAGCGGCACCUUCCCAAUUAAGGGACCGGACAUUCCAGCUGCAUGCCCUCAAAUCAUAGUCCUUAUUUCGUUUGCCAUGGUCGUCAUCAAAAGGGGGGGCUCUCAUCCGAGGCUGUCGUUUAGUUUUCAUUGGUACUGUUUUUUACGUGGCGGGUCCCAAACCCAGCGCACAACCCUACGGAGGGAAUGUUUCGCCUUUUCAUUUUUGCUCGCCUUCAAACGGAUGUUCUUAGGCUACCCAGAGGAUAUUUGCUCAAAGACCGGAAGUCGAGAGCUGCUUGUGUCGUAUGUAAAAAAAAUCGUUUCUGGCCACUCCCAAGUGAAUGGCGAUCAGAGAACUUUCCUCACUUGCGUGAACUUUUACACAUGACUCCAUCCUCCAAUUUUAAAUUCACCGACUUAGAAUUUUCAUAUCACUCCAGAUGAGCCUUAUCACAUAUACCCAAACUCCUUAUUUCAGUCGAGAGAAAUCAAACUUGCUCUAAAGACGAUCUCGAAAGGGGAAGCUCUCUUCUCGUCUAAAAUGCAUUCUUGGGCGCCAAGAGAUUAAUACGGGCAAAUGGUAGACUACCGAGCUCCAGCCUUAGUUACAAUGAACGACAUCCCAUCACUAUUCCUGAGAAAUCCCGUUUUACUUCUUUAUUUCUAGUAUAUCUCCAUCAGCUUACACUGCAUGGUGAGCAUCGCUUGAUGCAACAAAUGGUCCGACAAGAAUUUUACAUACCGCGACUAAAGCCACGAAUCAAAUAGGCGAUUUUCAUGUGUAAACAAUGCACUAUGUACAAACACGAAAUGCGUUGAUCUGCGCACGCUCUACCACCUGAACGAUAAAAUUAUGAUCUACCUUUUACCAUUACUGUUGUCGAUUUUGCGGGACCUUUCCACAUAAGGACCUCAGUGUUAAGGUCUUCCUCAUUUAGAAAAGGGUAUGUGGCUGUCUUUGUAUGUUUUACGACAAAGGCAAUACACAUCGAGCUUUGUUCAGAUCUGACAAGUGCGGCUUUUCUCGGAGCAUUUGCACGCUUUGUCAGACGACGCGAAUUUCCUUCAAAGAUUAUGAGCGACAAUGGAAAAUCGGAGCUCAAAGAGCCACAGAGGAAAUGUUUAUAAAUUUCAUGAAAUAAGUCUCCUUUGAAUUUGUUAAAAAGUAUGCACCUCAAGGGAUCGAUUGGCAGUUUAUACCUCCAUGUUCUCUACACAUGGUCGGACUUUAGCAACCAGCAAUAAAAAGCUUUAAGCCCCAUUAAAAGAAAACGGCAGGUAUUCACAAAUUCAUUUAUGAGGAGUUUACUACACUACUCGUAUCGAAGCCAUACUAAAUUCACGACUCAUCUCGCCAACCGAAUGGCGUUUAGGCUCCAUUGAAAAGGUCCGUCGGGGCGAUGGUCACAUUAGAUUAGUAGAUGUCCGAACACAAACUGGCAUACUCGACCAUUGGUAAUAUUGUGUUUCCUUCCAAACACUGACCAAGCGAUAACACAAGCGCCGCGAAAUCAAACGCAUAAAUAUAAUCAAAACUGGGAUUGCUGCGCCUAGAGCAUCACCUUCACCCAUCGCCGCUCCAAGGACAUGAAGAGUCUUGAGUCCGCCAAGCUAAGCAUCUGCUGCAGCACAUUAGGAUGCAAACGAGUAUAAAUUUGAAGAGAAUUUGCCUCCACUAUGCAGCUUAUGCCAUCGACCAGGCGUUCUGAAGAGGUGCACCAUCUUUAAAAGUAUGAAGCACGCUCAACACCUUAAAUCGCCAGAGCACACGACCAUUGCAUGAAUUGCUUGGCAGACACCCACACCAUAUUUUAAUGCCUAACGGGUCAUGCCAAUAUUGUCAACACCCUCAUCUUAUCCUGUUUCACCGAUUCUCCCGCCGAGUCACAAAAAGUAGCAGGCACAGACAACACGGAGAUCCCGUCCAGCGCUGGAUUGUUCACCACUCCAGGCACACCAGAGAUGAUGAUCUCUUGAUCUUGCGAUACUUUGAUACAUUAAACAUACCACAACAUCACACGACCCAAUGCAACGUAACAUAUCUACCACACAACCACAACCACACAUCAUACCAAUAACCAACCACAUUACACAUCAACGAUUCGUUCCUCCACCACCUACAAGCAAUAGAAAAGGAUUAGUCAGAUCAGAAUGGGUCUCCCUUUUCAAUGUACGCAUUACCUCACAUGCCGUUGGUACGUGCGUUAAAGUAGCGUUGCUAAAUAAUGUUCCUUUUAUCGAUAUACAUAUGUUUGAAGCUGCAUCCACUUAAAGUGUUAGGAAUAAGUGAAAUCUGAAGUUUUAACAAAAAGAACAUUUUGUACAAAUACAAAAAUAAUAUUUUAGAAUUUAAAAAUACGAGGGCUGCUAUAUAUAUUUCUAGCCUAAUAAUGAAAAUAGGAAUAUUUAUCAACGAAAUUGUUAUUGUUUUUCAAAAUAUUCUCCAUCAAGAUUUAUACACUUUUGCAUGCGCUCAAACCAAUUUUCGAAGCACCUUUUCCACUCCGAUUGAGACACCUCCAAAACAUGGUUUUUGAAUGCUUCAACUGCAUCUUCUGGCGUCGAAAAUCGUUGGCCACGCAUUAUUUUCUUGAUGUGUGGGAAUAAAAAGAAGUCAUUAGGUGCCAAGUCAGGGCUCUACGGCAGAUGACCCAUCAAUUCGACGUUUUGGCCGGUCAAAAAGGCGCUGGUUUGAGCCGAUGUGUGAGAGCUCGCAUUGUCAUGGUGCACAAUGAUUCGUCUUCUCUUGUUCGUUUUUCGAAUUUUUCCGAAGACUUCAGGCAAACAAAUGGUGGUGUACCACUCAGAAUUGACCGUCCUACGUUGCUCAAGCGGAACAGUCGCCGGAGACCAGUUUUGCCGAAGAAACAGGCGACCAUUUGCUUCGAAGUGCUUCUUCCACGAACAACUUUCGUUGGAUUUGGCUCGUCUUGGAAGACCCACACGGUCGAUUGCUGUUUUGUUUCGGGCUCAUACGCAUAGAUCCAUGAUUCGUCACCUGUAACGAUCUUAUAAACGUCUUUUGAAGCACCGCGAUCGUAUUUUUUCAGCAUUUCUUUACACCAAUUCACACGAGCCUUUUUUUGAGCGAUUGUCAAAUUGUGCGGGAUCCAACGAGAACAAACCUUUUUUAAGGCCAGGUGUUCAUGCAAUAUCGAAUGUAUGCUGGUGGGAGAAACGCAUAGGCAUGCCUCUAUCUGAAGCUAUGUUACAUGACGGUCUUGCAUUAUCAGUUCACGGACGGCAUCGAUGUUUUCUGGCACAACGGCUGUUUUUGGACGACCUUCACGGAAUUCGUCUUUGAGCGAGCGUCGGUCACGAUUGAAUUCGUUGUACUAGUUUUUCACAGUGCUAUAGGAUGGUGUUUCAUAGCCAUACAAAGAUAUUAGUUCAUCGAUGCACUCUUGCCGUGAUAAUCCAUUUUUUGGCCGAGAUGAAUUUUUUAAUUCCCUGUAAAUAAAACAAUUCACGAUUAAAUGACAAAACGUUCUGAGUGAUGUUAUGCUAAAAAAUGUCAAACUUUCCAAUGGAAAUUUCAGAUUGCACCUGGCAACACUUAGUGUUGCCUAGGCCAGAAAUAUAUAUAGCAGCCCUCGUAUAAUUAUUCAUUAUUGAAAGUGUAACAUAGUCAUUUCUUUAUUUUCGGAAAUUUUGCAUAUUGUGUUUAUAUUCAACAUUGCAAGGUGAAUAUAUUACUGAUAUUAGUGGAAACCAAAAAAAAAUAUGAGUUAUGUGUUUUUUUUUUUUUGGAUAGGUGUGGUUUUUUCGACUCAUUCGUCCAAAUAACUGACUAUCAUUAAGACGUCUUCGCACAAGUCUACUGGAUACGUUAAGCCCAAAUUCGUUGUUUAUUUCCGCCAUAAUCUCUCGGUAUGAUUUAACAAGAUCAACCUUGCUUUUUCUGAUGAUGACUCUAUUAACAAGUUCCGUUGUUUUACGCCCAAGAGCUUUGUGGAUUUUUUUUUGAGCAAAUUCGGAUCACUUUUAUCAAAAUGUAUGGCGUUGUAUACCAUUUUCAUCGAACAACUCAUAAUUUCAGCAUUAUUUAUUGGUUUUUUGUCUUUCCUGUGAAGGUCAAAAAUUAUUCAGGGGUGUUGUGGAAUCUGAUAGUUGUCAGAAUCAGAAUUGAAACCGAUCAAAAAAAGUGGUAGGUGUCAUGAAUUCAGAUAUUAUUGGUUUGAUGUUCGAAACAGAAUUUGUAUCGGUUUUGGGUGUCAUCGGUUUUGCUAUCAGAAAUAAAACAAGAAGAUAAUCCAACAGAUUUGAAUAUUCAGUAUACAUUUCUAUGUGUUGUUAGACGGUUGAAGAAAUGGAAAACAUAAGAACAGAACGCAAAAUACGAUCAUAAUUGAAUUUAUGGAAAAAAAUACAGAUAUCAUAAGAGGAUUUACGAAACGAAAUAAAACGACAAUAGAUUCGUUAUGGCAGGAAUUAACUGAAUCCCUCAAUGCUGCAGGUUCUCCACACAAAGAUGUAAACGGGUGGAAAAAGGUUAUAACUGAGUGGAAGAGUGAAAUCAAAAGAAAAUUAGCACACAACAAAAUUGAGAGUCGAGCAACAGGAGGUGGCCCAUUUUCAAAAUAUCAGCUCUCUCCAAACAAGGAAACUAUUGUGCGUCUUUGUGGCAUUUCUCAAACUAUAGAAGGCAUACCAGGCGUUUCUCUUGGCACCCAACCCGUAAAUAAUAAUUUAAAUAUAACAAUUUGUCUUCCUCAUCACUAGAGCAACCAAAUAUAAACUUAAGUUAUAAUGCAUCCAAUAGACAAAAAGAUGCCGACGAUGUACCCUCCACGUCACAAGGGCAAUCCGAAAUAAAUGCUAGUGUACCUAGAAGGAAAAAAUUAGAGAGUACAGAAGAUCGCUUAAAAAGAUUUUUAGAUGAGGAAGAUAAAAAAAUGGAGAUAUAUUGAAAAAAUUUGAUCAGAUAAUAGAACUGCAAUCUAAAAAUGCUAGCAGCUUGAGACGUAUAUACCACGCAAUAGAGAAUAAUAAUAAAACUGUUGGAAGAACUAUUACUGAAUUAAAAGAUGAGUUUCUCAAUUUGGACCCUGGUCAUUUGGUCCGCAGCACGGAUUUGCUCGUAUAACUAGAUGGAAUUUGGAGCGAUCUCCAGAACGUUUACACAAUGGUGAUAUUGAAGCCAUUUUCUCUUUGACGGACAACGAAUUCACUCGUUCUAUGUGGAAUUAUCAUGUCUUUCUAUAGGCGCGAAGGACCAUGUAUUUUUCGAUUAGUUUCCUCGCACUCACCGUUCGGAAUUACAAGAAAAAAAGGCAACACACAAUUCCGCCAAAAAUCUCACAAAAUGUAUUUUAUUAAACUUUAUGUAUACUACAAAUUAACUUUCAAAAGUCUCAAAAUGUAUUUCACAAAUUUUAUGUAUAAUACAAAUUAACUUUGCUCGAAUUGUAAAAUUGGAUGUUGGCACAAUAUUAAAAGUUGGCACUCGGGGUGAACAGCACGGCACGACGAACUUGUUUCUCCGCCCUUUUUGUUCUCUUUUGGUUGUGGUGAAAAAUGCAGUAGUAAUGUAGUUAUGUGUGAUGUAGAUUGUAGGUGGUGUAGAGAUGAGUGUGAAUGAAGCGUGCUAGUGACGUAUAUUUUAAUGCGGUGAGUGUAGAGUGUUCUGGAUGCGUGAUUAUUGUUGUCGUUAGGUGCUCCGUGUUGGUUAUGUGUUGUGUGGGGCAGGAAACUGAAGCUCAUUUAGCCACCGUUCAAUCCAUGGUUGUAUGCUUCUAAUAAGCAUGUGCGUCCAUCUCCCUGUAGUUGCUUCGUUCCAUCGUUUCUUCUCUUCCUUUAAGCUCCUUUGUCUUUCCUGCUUUCUCUCUCUUUCUUCGUUAAGAGAGCGCCAGUGCUUUUCGUUUUAUUGAAUAAUCGCUUAAUUUCCAUGGCCAUUAUGUCUGGGUCUGAUAUGACUCCAGCCGCCUGAUGUGAUAGUGUGCGGUAGGCACAUGCAACUCUUAUUGCGUUCAGUCGGACUAUUGAGUUCGCCUUUUCUGCGUAUGUUUUCUGCUGCAGCGCUAUCCCCCAUAUGGGCGCAGCUUACAUACGUAUAGACUGACUAACUUUGGCCAGCAGUAAUCGUCUAUUCUGCCUUGGUCCACCAAUGUUAGCCAUUAUCCUCGUUAGCGCCCCGUCACCCUUGAGACUUUUUCACAGGCUUUGUCUAUAUGCGUCUUGUAACUUAAUCUCGAGUCUAUCAUCACUCCUAGAUACCUCUAAAAUUGCUGUGUCGUGUUGGUAUAUCCGUCAAUAUUGAGUGUGGCGACCUCUAGUUUCUUCCUGUUUGUGGUUAGUACUGCUUUUGUCUUUUGGCCAGUUAGUUGAAGCUUUGUCACCAUAAGCCAUUCUUUAAUUUUUGUCGCUGUAUGAUUGCACAAACGCUCUAUUUCGUGUAUUUCUUUCGCUACCAUAGUCACCGCGAUGUUAUCCGCGUAUCCGAUUAUUUGCACCUCCUUGAGUAAUGGGAGGCGCAGCACUCCAUCAUAUAAGAUAUUCCACAAAACUGGGCUUAGGACUGAGCCUUGUGAAACUCCACCCGUCACCAUAUAGCUUUGUGUUCCUUCGUCUGUGUCGUAUAGUCGAACUCUGUCCGACAGGUAGUUGGAGAUGAUCUUCAGCAAAUAGAGUGGUGUUUUCUUUAAUUGAAGAGCUCUUAUUAUACAAGUACGAGGCCAAUAGGCUGAAUUAAAGGCAUUCUUAACAUCGAAUGUGAUUACCAUCCAUCUAGUUCCUUCUAUAGCUUACUUGCGACGUCGGCAAGUUUUUUAACUGCGUCAAUUGUUGACCUGUGUCUGCGGAAUCCAAAUUGGUUAUCGGCCCGAUGGCUCUCUUUCGAGAUGUUGCUCAAGGUGUACGCUUAUUAUUCGUUCGAGUAUUUUCUCCACCGUGUGAAGCAUGCACAGUGGUCGGUACGAGUUUGGUUCUCCAGGCGGUUUAUUUGGUUUUUGUAUUGGAAAUAUGCCCUCUGGUAGGCACUUUGCGAACGGAUCAGUGUUGUGUUUAAUCGCGAUCUUUAGGGCCUUGUUAGGAACACCGUCCAGCCAUGAUGCCUUCUUGUUGGCGAACCGUUCUGCAAGUCAUGUCGUGUCGCUCUCUAUGUGUUCACCACCUUAAUGUAAAAUGUGUAACGUAAACAUCUUUGGAUAUUUAAGUGCUUAUUAUAUUGGAAUGCAUAUACAUAUGUGUUUGAAUAUGUAAAUUAAAUAAAAGAUAUUUAUUUUUAUGUCCGGACCCGAACACUACGAAAUGGAGACUGUAUUUACAAAAUUUAAUUUCUUUAUGCUUCAGCUUUACGCGUUUCUUAGGCUUACUCAUCCAAAGACGCACUUGCUUUCAGUAAGUGCAAUAUGCUAAGUCACUUUAGCGCGUGUGGUUCAAAUUACUGUGCUGAUUUCUCGAAUUGGAUUCAGCUAUUUUAUAAAAUAUUGAAAAGUUUAAUUUACUGAAAAGAUUCCCGGAAUCUGCUUAUUAUUAAAACUUUAUUAAUUUAUAAUGUAUUACUCCGCCCUUAAAUUCGAGCAUCUUUGUUCGAAGGAGCAGAUUUUUGUAAAUAUUUUAUCCCGAUUUCUAUUGUGUCUUGUUUUGUUUAUUUUAAGUUUAUUUUGCUUAAGUUUACUUAGACAUUAUAAUCAAUAUAGAUGUUACAUUAAUAAUAAAGUAAAUAUAUGUAAUUGUGUCUCCUUAACAAUGACAUUUCUUCAGUCUCAUUUGACUGAAAUUCUUUAACUGAUUUCAAAGAUAAAAUUUCUACUAUCUUGCUAUGCAUUGCCAUUGGUUGCAAUAUUGCUGGCAAUGGCUUAUUUUCUGUUAUUUCUUUUGAAAAAUACCUUUUGUUUUCUAUCUCAUUGUUUGAUCAAAUAUGAUCCAUUUAAUUUUAUAUUUUCAUUUUUAAAUUUUACAUACCCAUAAAAAUCAUUUCAAAAUAUUAUAUCAUUUGUUAUGUCUUCGAUGUUUUCAACAUGUUGGUUAUUUAAUUUUGUGAAGUUGUCGACUUUACUUUUUAACAGAUUGUGCAAUGCUGGUGUCAUUCGAAAUUUCAACCACUACAUUUCUUGGACAAAUAGACAAAUUAUUAUAAGAUUUGCAAUAUUUAAUUUUUCAUAAAUUUAAUUUUCACAUAAUAGAAUUAUUUUGUACUCAAUUUUAUUUAUUAAUUUUCUUUUUUUAUCGCUUUUACUUUUAAUGCUCUACAAUCGUUUUUUUCGGUUGUAGACAGAAAUUUUAAUUUUGGCUUCGUCUACGUUUAUUGUUGUAAUAUAUUUGCCACUAAUGUAUUGUUACAAAAAGUAGUAUUAAGUUUUAUUUGUAUUGCUAUAUGCAUCCCUGAUUAUGAACAAUAGCUGUAGGUAUAUGGAAUAGCAUUUGUCUUGUUGUAGACAUCUGGCGCCACGGCUGUCUGCUUGUCGAAACAAUAGACAUCUGGCGCCGCACUGUCUGCUUGUCUAGGUAAACAAUUGCUGAGUCUGGCGCCGCGACUGUCUGCUUACGUCUGGCGCCGUAUAGCCGUAUGUUCUGGUAAUUUCCAGACGCGAUAUUCUAGAAGGACACGUCGGCAUCAGCGAGAAGUGCGUGGCUAUAUAAGCCGUGGCAGCGCCAACGUAAUCAAUCAGUGCUAAGAGUAAACUGCUAUAGUGUAGACGAGUUGUGAAAUAAAGAGUUGUUGAAUUAAAUUAAACAGUGUUGAUUUUAUUUGUCAAUCCAGAGAUACGAACCUAACAAAGUAAACUAGCAAGAGUAAAUUCGUAACAGUAUUAAAGAGAGCUACAUAUAAUAUUUGUUAUAACUGUACUUGAAACUGAAGCCAACUCUCUCAGUUAUAUUCAUGAAUUCCUUUUGUACCAUUUGUCAUUCGCAAACAAAUGUUCAAGAAAACAAGUAAAGAAGGGCUAAGUUCGGGUGUCACUGAAUAUUUUAUACUCUCGCAUGAUAAAGUGAUAAUCGAGAUUUCAUUAUCCGUCAUUUGCAUAUUUUUUUAUUUUGCUGUAAAAUUAAUUAGAUUAGUAGUUCCUGAGAUAUGGUUUUUGUCCAUAAGUGGGCGCGCCACGCCCAUUUUCAAUUUUUAAAAUAAGCCUGGGUGCAGCUUCCUUCUGCCAUUUCUUCCGUAAAAUUUAGUGUUUCUGAAAUUUUUUGUUAAUCGGUUAACGCACUUUUAGUGAUUUUCAACAUAACCUUUGUAUGGGAGGUGGACGUGGUUAUUAUCCGAUUUCUUCCAUUUUUGAACUGUAUAUGGAAAUGCCUGAAAGAAACGACUCUAUAGAGUUUGGUUGACAUAGCUAUGGUAGUUUCCGAGAUAUUAGUAGGGGGCGGGGUCACGCCCACUUUUUCAAAAAAAUUACGUCCAAAUAUGAGCCUCCCUAAUGCUAUCCUUUGUGCCAAAUUUCACUUUAAUAUCUUUAUUUAUGGCUUAGUUAUGACACUUUAUAGGUUUUUGGUUUUCGCCAUUUUGUGGGCGUGGCAGUGGUGUGAUUUUGCCAAUCUUCGAAUUUAACCUUCUUAUGGAGCCAAGAAAUACGUGUACCAAGUUUACUCAAGUUACAGCUUGCAUGGACGGACGGACAGACAGACAUCCGGAUUUCAACUCUACUCGUCACCCUGAUCACUUUGGUAUAUAUAACCCCAUAUCUGACUCUUUUAGUUUGAGAACUUACAAACAGCCGUUAUGUGAACAAAACUAUAAUACUCUCCUUAGCAACUUUGUUGCGAGAGUAUAAUAAGACGUGUUGCUCUGCUACCAUUGUAUUCAGUUCCUCUAAACCGGCUGCGAAAUUAGACUAAAAUUACUUUUUCUACAGGUUAUGGGCCCAGGCCAUACCAAAAGAGGUACUGAAGUGAUUAAGUAAAAAAAAAAAAAAUAAAUAAAAUAAUAGUGGCCCUGCAAGAAAAGUGACACUAUUUCGACAGUUGUUGUCAUUAAGGCAGAAGGUGAUAUAAUUUCAAAUCACAUAACUGAGUUUUUCGAAGUUCAGGAGAGGUUGUCUGAAAUAGGUGUCAACCUUCCUGAUGAAGUGGCAGCCAUAAUUUUGUUGGCAAGUUUACCAAAAUUGUUUGAAAAUUUUGUAGUGGUCAUUGAAUCACGUGACACAUUGCCUACAUUGAAUGUACUUAAGCUAAAAUUGCUUGAAGAGGAUGCAAGACGUAACGGCGAAAAAUCCGUUAAUUCCGAGUCACACCACGCGUUAGUUGCGAGAGCGAAGUUCCAUAGAAAUCCUAACGGGAAUAUCAAAGUAGGCAGCGACGGUAGCAGCAGCGCAGAAGUUCAAUCGUCAAGAAGUAGCGAACAAAAAAGGCAACGAGGAAGAUGUUACAAUUGCGGAAGAUUUGGGCAUUUUGCUGCACACUGUAGAGAACCGCGAAAAGAGCAACGAGUAGAACGGCAAGUGAAGAAUAAAUCGUUAGCUAUUCUCGCUUCUGCUUCUCCCUUCAAAAUACGUCAUGGCGUUUGGUGUAUAGACAGCGGGGCAACAGCACAUCUCUGUUUUGAUCGUUCGUUAUUUGUAUCAUACAAGGAGAGAACUGAGAAAAUAGAACUCGAUGGUGAAAAAUACGUAGAAGCAGAAAGAGUUGGUGAAGUGCAGAUUAAAAGUGGUAAUUUUUUGUUAAAGUUAAAAAACGUUUUAUAUGUGCCUCAGUUGCGAUGCAAUUUUAUUUCUGUAAGCAAAGCUUGCGAACGUGGAUAUAGUGUUGUAUUCGAAGAAAAACAAACUUUGGUGAAAGACAGAAACGGAGAAAUUAUAAUAAGAGCGCAAGAAGAAGGUGGUUUGUUUGUAGUGUAUUUAAAAACGAACAGGUGCAUGCUCACAAAUAUGUAGCAGAAACAGUGAAGCAAGUGUGUGGCACAAUCGUUACGGGUAUUUAAAUUAUGACAGUUUAAACGUAAUUGUUAACAAAAAAUUGGUAUAUGGACUAAAAUUGAAUACGUUAACAAAAAACAUUGAUUGUGCAACGUGCGCUAAAAGUAAAAUUUGUGUAAAACCGUUUGCUCGCGUUUCUCAAAAUCGUUCUAACGAAGUAUUGCUAAUUGUGCACUCAGAUGUAUGCGGGUCAAUGAAUAAAAACUCAAUUGGUGGCGCCAAAUACUUUGUGACAUUUAUUGAUGACAAGUUGCGAUACGUGAGUGUAUAUUUUUAUACCCUGAACAGGGUAUAUUAACUUUGUCACGAUGUUUGUAACACCCAAAAGGAAGCGUCGGAGACCCUAUAAAGUAUAUAUAUAAAUGAUCAGUAUGUUGAGCUGAGUCGAUUUAGCCAUGUCCGUCUGUCUGUCCGUCCGUCUGUCUGUAUAUAUACGAACUAGUCCCUCAGUUUUUAAGAUAUCGUUUUAAUUUUGCAAACGUCAUUUUCUCUUCAAGAAGCUGCUCAUUUGUCGGAACGGCCCAUAUCGGACCACUAUAACAUAUAGCUGCCAUACAAACUGAACGAUCGGAAUCAAAUGCUUGUAUGAAAACUUUCACAUUUGACAAGAUAUAUUCACGAAAUUUGGUGUAUAUUAUUUUCUAAAGCAACAAUGUAAUCUCCGAAGAAAUUGUUCAGAUCGGUUAACUAUAGCAUAUAGCUGCUAUACAAACUGAACGAUCGGAAUCAAGUUCUUGUAUGGACAACUUUCACAUUUGACCAGAUGUAUUCACGAAAUUUGAUACAUAAUAUUUCCUAAAGCAACAAUGUAAUCUCCGAAGAAAUUGCUCAGAUCGGUUAACUAUAGCAUAUAGCUUCCAUACAAACUGAACACAUAGUUACUAACAGAAAUGCACCUGUGAAGGGUAUUUAGCUUCGGUGCAACCGAAGUUAACGUUUUUUCUUGUUUUUAUUUACAAAAAUUAGUAUUUCCAAAGAAAUAGCUGGUGUAGCGAAAAUGAUUAAGAUAACUGAUACAAAUCGAUGCGCUCUUAUCUGUUUCUCUUUUGUGACUGGACUCCUGGUUUAAAAUCAAAAAGUGAAGUUUUUGCAACAUUUAAGACUUAUAAAGAAAUGAGUGAAAAACAGACUGAUAAGAAAAUAAAAAUUUUGAGAAGCGAUAAUGGUAGGGAAUACCUAAGUGAUGAAUUCGAAAAAUAUUUGUGUGAAUAUGGUAUUCGGCGGCAAUUGAUAGUGCCGCAUACACCACUACAAAAUGGUGUGGCAGAGCGUGCCAACCGCACGUUGGUUGAGAUGGCACGCAGUAUGAUUGUGCAUAGUGGGUUAGACGAGUCUUUCUGGGCAGAGGCAGUGUCAACAGCGGCAUAUCUCCGCAAUAGAGCUACAACAAAAACACUCGUCGAUAAUACGCCCUAUGAAGAGUUUGUUGGUAGGAAACCAAGUGUUGCACAUUUAAGAGUAUUUGGUUCGCUGGCGAUUGCCUUAAAUAAAACAAUUUCAAAAAAGUAUCGUGCCAAGGGAAAAUUAAUGAUAAUGGUUGGUUAUUCAGAUAUGGCUAAAGCGUAUAGGUUGAUGGAUCCAGAUACACGUAAGGUGAUAGUGAGCAGAGACGUUAUAUUUUUAGAAGAUAAAUAUAUAGGCAGUAAUGAAACCAGUCAUGACAUUGUUGAGUUUGAUGUUGGGGAAAUUUUGCCAGAUGCAGACGAAGCGAGCAGCAGUAAUGAAAUCGGCGAGGAUGAGCAAAGCGAAUAUAACGUUGAAGUAAGCAGCAAUAAGGGGUCAAUAACGUAUGGUCGGGGUAGACCUAGAGUAGUUCGCAGUGGUAAUCGUGGCCGUCCUCAAAAAGAGCGACAUGCAUUGAAUUUCACCAAAAACAUCGACGUCAAGAUCCCACAAUCAGUGAAUGAGGCGCUUAAUGAUGACUACGCGAAACAUUGGCAGGCAUCUAUGCAGAAGGAGUACGAUGCAUUGGUCAAGAACAAAACUUGGUCAUUAGUAGAGUUACCAUCAAACGAGAAGGCAAUCAAUUGCUAGUGGGUUUUCAAUAUCAAGCGGAACGCAGAUGGCAGUGUUGAGCGAUUCAAAAGUCGUUUAGAGGCGAAAGGUUGUAGUCAACAGUAUGGUAUAAAUUUCACCGAAACGUUCUCUCCAGUUGUAAGGUAUGCGACAGUGCGUAUGUUGUUAGCACUAGCAUGCGAGUAUAAGCUACAUUUGCAUCAAAUGGACGUAUCAACGGCUUAUUUAAAUAGCGAUUUACACGAAGUAGUCUACAUGAAGCAACCUGAAGGCUUUGUAGAUAAGAAGUUUCCUCAGCGGGUUUUAAAAUUAAAUAAAGCCCUAUAUGGUCUAAAACAAAGCGGCCGUGAGUGGAAUAUCAAGCUUGAUGAAGUCCUGAAGUCAUUCGGGUUUACACCGUCCAUCAGUGAUCCUUGUGUUUACACACGAAAUGUUAAUGGAAACUAUAAUAUAAUCAUGGUCUAUGUUGAUGAUUUAAUUAUAGGUUGCUCGAAGCUGGAUGAAGUUGUUACGAUUAAAGAGCAAAUUUCUAGCGUGUUUGACGUAGUGGAUGGCGGUCUGCUCAGGUAUUUCCUUGGCAUGGAAAUUUAGCGCGAAGGUGAGACGGGAGCGAUCACGACAUGUCAAAAAAAAUACAUCACCGAACUGCUUUCUCAGCAUAAGAUGCAAGAUUGCAAGGCUGCAGUUACUCCGUUGGUUGCUGGUUUUCAAGUAAGCUGUAAUAGUUUAGACUGCAGGCGCGUAAAUUCAAACAAUUACCAGUCAUUGAUCGGAAGUUUAAUGUACCUGGCUGUAUCCACAAGACCAGACAUCCUGCACUCUGUAUGUUAGUUAUCACAGCGGAAUAUAGAACCGCAUUCUGAGCACGAGGCUGGUGCAAAACAUAUUUUGCGUUAUUUAAAAGGGACAAUCGAUUUGAAACUCCACUACAAAUGGACGGGUGAAGCAAUUAAGUGCUAUGUUGAUGCCGAUUGGAGUUCCGAUGCAGGCGACAGGAAGUCAUACACCGGCAGUGCAUUUAUAGCAGCAGGCAGCGUUUUUUCGUGAGAAUCAAAGAAGCAAAGUGUUAUAGCGUUAAGCAGCACUGAGGCAGAAAAUAUUGUUUUGUCAACAGCCGCAAAAUUAACUAAUGAAAUGGGCUUUCGAGUCAUUGAGCCUACUGUUAUCAAUAGCGAUAAUCAGGGUGACAUGCAUUUAGUUAAGAAUCCAGUUUACCAUGCUAGUUGUAAACAUAUUGACUUAAAGUAUCAUCAUGUUCGAGACAUGUAUAAAAACAAUGAAAUUAAUUUGAAUUAUAUUUGUACAGAAGAAAUGUUUUCAGAUAUCUUUACAAAGAAUUUGCAAAAAACUAAACAUUGUAAAUUUCGAAAUAAUAUGGGCUUAUAUUAAAUUAAUUAAAUGAAAUAUAUAUAGAGAAGGAGUGUUGUAAUAUAUUUGCCACUAAUGUAUUAAAGAGAGCUACAUAUAAUAUUUGUUAUAACUGUACUUGAAACUGAAGCCAACUCUGUCAGUUAUAUUUAUGAAUUUCUUUUGUACAAUUUGUCAUUCGCAAAUAAAUGUUCAAGAAAAUUAGAAGUGUUGCUAUGCUACCAUUGUAUUCAGUUCCUCUAAACCGGCUGCGAAAUUAGACAAAAACUACUUUUUCUACAUUUGUAAAUGGUAUAUUUCUAAUAAAAAUUAUUAAUAAUUUCGAUUUCUUUGUCUGAUAAAAUAUAGGAACUUAUUUUAUUCGAUUUUGCCCAAUGGCUAUAUUAAUUAAUUAAUCUUCUUCAUCAGUAGUAUAAUGUGAUAUAGUAGUUAUAUGUCUGUGGUAUGUCGGAAAGGGUAUUUUGAAUUCGUAAGAAUUCUUUUGACUUGGUUUUUAAAUACGUUGAUAGGCACCUCCGCUGGUGGUAUCAGAUUGCGUCCUGAACUUUCAUCGGAGUGCGUUACUACUCUUAAGGUAUGGUAAAAGCAACGUUUUUUCAAUAUUUUUUUUUCCACACAAAUUUUUAUUUGAGAGUUCAGGUUUUCCAUAUGUUAUUCUAGAUGUAAUAUACUAUAGAGAAAUUUUUUUUUCCUCAAUUUUUCUUGAUAUCCGGUAGAGAUGUGGGUGACCGGAAGAUGCGAUCUUUAAAAGUGGUGGAUUUCUCCAUUGUGUAUGAUAUGAAACGAACGAGAUAAAUCUUAUUUUAGAGUACGCAUUAGGUUGUCAAAUAUCUCCUUUCUGCCUUUUUGUUUUUUAAAUUUCCCGGCUAUGUAUAAAGCGUUACAGAGCUCGUAUCUGGCAAUACUAUACAUCGUUUAAAAGGUCUUGACAUAACCUAUAAAACGACGAUAUGCAUGAUUAGUUUUGAUAUUGCGUCCAACAGAUAUUGCGUUUACAGACGUGUAAACAUGGAGCCCACUAACUCCGAAAUUCGCGCUAUUUUAAAGUUUUCCUUCGUUAAAGGUGAAUCCGCUAGAGAAACGUUCGGUGAGAUAAAAUGUUGUUUAGGGUGAUGGUACUCUAUUACUUCGAACUACGGACGAAUGGUUUCUUCAGAGCGGUUGAAAACGACACCAUGGAUAAGCCACCCGGCGGAAGACCUGUGACGACGAAUACCGAUCAAAUCAUGGAAAACAUCGUGUUAGACCGGCAUUUGGCAUCUCGUGACAUCGCCCAGAAGAUGGAAGUUAGUCACCAAACCAUUUUAAACCAUCUGCAGAAAGCUAGAUACACAAAAAAGCUUGAUGUUUGGGUGACGCAUGAUUUGACGCAGAAAAAACUUCUGGAACAAAUCAAUGCUGCUGAACAGAGCUCGACCCUUUUUUGAAGCGGAUGGCGACUGGCGACGAAAAAUGGACAUACGGCAAUAUCAAGCGAAAACGGUCGUGGUCGAAGACCGGUGAAUCGUCCCAAACAGUGCCCAAGCCGGGAUUGACGGCCAAGAAGGUUUCGCUGUGUAUUUGGUGGGAUUGGAAGGGAAUCAUCCACUAUGAGCUGCUCCCAUACGGCCAGACGCUUAAUUCUUCGACCAGAAGUGUCCAGAUUUGGCCAACAGGAAGGGUGUAGUGUUCCACCAGGACAACGCCAGACCACACACUUCGUUUAUGGCUCGUCAGAAGUUACGGGAGCUCGGAUGGAAGGUUUUAUCGCAUUCACCAUAAGCCCGGAUAUAGCGCCAAGUGAUUACCACCUGUUCCUGUCCAUGGCGAACGCCCUUGUGGGUGUAAAGUUGAACUCAUAAAAGUCUUGUGAAAAGUGGCUGUCCCAGUUCUUCGCAAAUAAGAAGGGGGCUUCUACGAGGGGGUAUUCUGAAGUUGCCGAUGGAAACAGAUUAACGAACGAAACGGCGCAUAUUUGAACUAAAUCCGAUCACUGUAACACUUUUUAUAAAGCAUUAAAUAAAGAGCAAAAAUGCGGAAGGGAGAUAUUUGACAACCUAAUAUUAAUAGCUAUCUAAUGAUCUUCGACUGAAACAUUUCAUUGAUAAAUAAAAGUAUAGUGCAACUUUUAAUUUUUUUUCGCCUGUUUUUUUUUGUUACUAAUUGUGUCAUAAUGUUGUCAAAUAUCUAUUAACAAUGAUCAUUAUCGGUCAUUAGGUAGAGAAAAACACGUUUCGAGAAAAACACGUUUCGAGAAAAACGUGUUUAAAGAUCCAAAUGUGCGGUUCGAGAACACGACACCUUGCGGCGGAUCUCAUUUUUAAAAACUUUCCGUUGCCAUCUGAGUCAAAGGAAGCUUUCUACAUUAUUAUUAAGAGUUUAAAGUAAUCAAAACAGUAAAAAAAUUCAUUGUUUUGAAAAAUUUUUACCAUACUAUCCCCUUAAAGAGUUGAGUUAGGGGAGUCGAGAUAAGCAGUCAGCUACUUUGUUAGUUUUGCCUGGUUUGUAUCUGAAAAGUGAUUGGCUUUCCGUUCUGCUUCGUGUUUCAAAGCAUCAAUUGAAAUUCUUUCUGAUAGUUGGGAUAGGUUAGUGUUACUUCUCUUGAAACGAAUGCACUUUUUUAGUUUAUCGAAUGUUUUUCUAGCUGCGCCGUCUAGCUUAAUGAUUUUCUUGUUUGUUUCAGUUUUUGAUAUUCUCUCUUAUAAAUUGUCUAUAGUAUCCGUAGAGUCCUAAAAAUGAUCUUAAGUCUUUUAAAGUCUUUGUGUAUGGAAAGUCGAAUAUUGAUCGUACUUUGAUAGGGUUUGUAUUAAUUUCGCCUAAAAAUACUAUAAAUCCUAAAAAUGCGUGAGCAUGCGUUUUUCAUCUUUACUUAAUAUGAUUAUAUCGUCGAUAUAAACAUAACAGGAUUUAUAUUUUUUAUUUUUGCCAAGUUGUGCCAAAACCUAAUUUUUAUCAGGGAUUGGGUAACGAUCGGCUAUUGUGAUUGAGUAAAGCUUUCUAUUACUAGCCUGCUUUUUUUCCGUGGAUGCAUCCUUUUUUUUUGCAACGAUCCAAAUGGGGGAAUUAUAUGGGGAAUGGGAAGGCUUUAUGAUUCCAUCGUCCAGUAAUAUUUGUAUUUGCUUUUCUUCUUGUUUAGAGACAUGGGGUAUCGGAGUUGGUUCUUAUAUUGGCGAUGACUUUUGUACUAUAAGUAAGUUUUUCAUUAAGGUCGGAGAAAAGGUCAAAAUGUUUGUUUAUUAUUUAUUUUAUUGUUUUUUUUUUUGGAAAUUGUUCAUGGUGUUAUCUCUGAUUGCCGUCUUGUGAAAUUAGUGGUUUUAGUUAUAUUUGAUAUGAGUUGGUUAUGGUCUUCAAAUUUUCUUUAGGAUGAAUGAUUGCGGAUAGUUCCUUAAGACUAUCAUUGUCAAGUAUUGCGCGAAAAGAUGUGAGAGAAGGGAGGAAAUAUGACUUUAUAUUUAUAUGUAUUUGGUACAUUAAACAGGGUGGUGUAUGUAUGAUGAGUGAUUUCUAAUCUUCCACCUACUGAAUUUGCGAAAAAGUUCUUGUAAUUUUGGAGUUCCUUUUUAGCCAUAUGUGGGUGUAUGUAGUUUUUGUAGAAGCCUGUGUCCACUGAAAUUUUAAUCAUGUUACCACACUCGUUCGUGUUUGGUGAAGAGGGUAGUAAAAUUUUGGGUUAUGUGUUUGUGGGUAUUGCUGUGAUCUCAUACAUGGGUUUGUGGUGUUAUUAUUGUGGUGCUGAGCAUGUUUUAGUGGGUUUAUAUGAUUGUUGAGCUGAUGGCAGAUAUGUCAACCCCGGGUGAAAUUGAUUCGGUUUAUAUAAUUCCUUGGUGGUAGCGGUGGUUUAAAGUUAUAUUCGUUAAAUCCAUUUUGUUGGUUACCUUGGCUGGUUGCUUUUGAACUUUUUAUCGUGGAAGACCAUUGAGUCCUCUCAGGAAUGUAUCAAGGGCUUUUAUUCUGUAGGAUUCAGUGAGUAAUCGGACGGACUCCUGGUUAACGUCGAUGCAGCCUAUUUUGUUUAAUGUUAAAGAUAAGUGAAAGUAAAUUUUUUGAUAGAAUUAGUCCACUCUUUUUCCACGAACUAAACUCAGAUGGUUUUCUGAUAAAUUUUUUCUGUGUCUUUCGUCAAUGGUUUUGUCUAAUACCGGUAUUUAUUUUGUGUCAAUCCUAAUAAUAUUCUGUUCGGUUGUAAAGCAGGUGCGGGAUCUGGAUUGGGAUUGGAAUCUGAUAGGUUGAUGUUUCCUAUCAUGGGUGGUCUUAUUAAGUUAUCUUGGUUUGCCAUUUCAAAGCUGUAUUUUUAAUAAUUAUUUAUUUGCUUUUUAACAUUUAUUAGAAAGUUUUUUCUUUAUUUUUAAUUAUUUUUUUGAAAUAUAAUAAAUAAAUAUUAUUUUUAUUUUAUAAUUGUCUUGCUUUUCUCUUAUAUUUAAUACAUUAAGUAUAACUUACACUAUAUGAGUGUCCAUCCCGCGGCGUACUGAAAAGAUUCCCGGAAAUACAAAUAAAGCAUCAAUUCAUAUUAAGGUAUACAACUUUGUAGGAAUAGUAUCUGUAAAGUGUGUCACCACAUAACCAAAAAUAGUUCAAAAUCGAACUAAAACUAUUAACCUAUGUAUCGAACAUGUGGACCUCAGUGCCUAUAGUUGAUUUUUUAUAUACUUGAAAUCCAGUUAUAAUCCUCUCCUGAUGAUAGUAUGUCAGAAUGUCAAAAAUGGUCUAAAUCGGGCCAAUGCUUCCAUAUACCUAAUACAAAGAUUAUAGACAUUCAACACAUUUGUUACAUUCAACUACAAAUGUAUGCAUGAUCAUACUAAAAUAUUUGUAGAUAGCAUGAACUUUCCUAAUAUGCACAGAGUAAACUUUAAAUUUUCAAAGUAGAUUAGUGUAGACGACAUUGAUAUACUUGCAGUUUUGCGAAUUAAGAGACAGCGGAUGUUGAAAUGGUUCGAUUUCUUUUCAACAAAGAAUCGUAGAUGUUAAUUCGGUCCAUUAAUUUUUUCACAGACAAUUCAUGUGGUACCCAAACAUCGAGCUUCUUUUUGUAGCCAGCCUAUUUUAAAUGUUUCAAAACCGUUUAAUGAUGAAUCUUAAGGUAGAAUUAGAGGUGCAUAACCAUAUCCAUAUAAAACAGCUGAUUGAACCAAAUUUACGGAGAACAAUGUUUCCAAUUAGAGGUGCGUUACCAUAACAACAUGCCAAUAACCAUAACCAUAGAUAUCAAUUGAAUUUUGAUUUUCGCUGUAACCAUAAAAAGCUGUUUGUUGAUUUUUUGACUUUUCAUUUGAAAUUUCGUUUGCAUUUUGUUUUGUUUGCCUCAUAAUUUUGUAUUGAUAAAGCUUGGAUUGUUUAACGUAAUGCGAUUUUUAAACAGCAAUCAGAUAAUAAUCUAUUAAUCAAAAAGGAUGAUAUUAAAUUAAUAGAAUGUGUGCGGAAUUCGCCAUGCCUAUAUGACAAGAGUCAUGCCGAUUUCUUCGGCAUGGAUUUGUUCCUUGAAUUUAUACAUUGAAGGUACCAUUCACUUCAAAAAAGUAUCAUACAACUUCCUAUUCAUUUUUGUAUGGGCAAACAAUUCUUGUUCAUCCAUAUCUUUUAUUUUAAGGAACGUUUUUUGACAAUAUCCGUUUUGGAACCUAUUACGUUAAUAGGAUGGACACGCCAUCGCCUUGUUCGCUUGAAUUGCUUUUGUUUAGCAUAUAAAGCUGUAAUAUUAAGAAAUAAUUUUUCAAUUUCUUCAUCACUGCUCAUUUUAUUUAGUUUGUUUGGCACUUGUGAAAUGAAAACAAAAAAUUCCGAAUAAAAGAUCAGCUGAUUAUGGUUAUGGCACCAAUAAUCGAUAAUAGUAAAUAUCGUUUCGAUUAUGACAAUGGUUAUGGGUAUGGCGAUAUGUUAUCUUCUUCUUCUUUACUGGCGUAGACACUGCUUACGCGAUUAUAGCCGAGUCAACAACAGCGCGCCAGUCGUUUCUUCUCUUCGCUAUGUGGCGCCAAUUGGAUAUUCCAAGCGAGGCCAGGUCCUUCUCCACUUGGUCCUUCCACCGGAGUGGAGGUCUUCUUCUUCCUCUGCUUCCCGCGGCGGGUACUGCGUCGAAUACUUUCAGAGCUGGAGUGUUUUCAUCCAUCCGGACAACAUGACCUAGCCAGCGUAGCCGCUGUCUUUAAAUUCGCUGAACUAUGUCAAUGUCGUCGUAUAUCUCGUACAGCUCAUCGUUCCAUCGAAUGCGAUAUUCCAACGCGCAAAGGACCAUAAAUAUUUCGCAGAACUUUUCUCUCGAAAACUCGCAACGUCGACUCAUCGGUUGUUGUCAUCGUCCAAGCCUCUGCACCAUAUAGCAGGACGGGAAUUAUGAGCGACUUAUAGAGUUUGGUUUUUGUUCGUCGAGAGAGGACUUUACUUUUCAAUUGCCUACUCAGUCCGAAGUAGCACCCGUUGGCAAGAGUAAUCCUGCGUUGGAUUUCCAGGCUGACAUUGUUGGUGGUGUUUACGCUGGUUCCAAGAUAGACGAAAUUAUCUACAACUUCAAAGUUAUGACUGUCAACAGUGACGUGAGAGCCAAGUCGCGAGUGCGACGACUGUUUGUUUAUUGACAGGAGAUAUUUCGUCUUGCCCUCGUUCACUGCCAGACCCAUUUGCGUUGCUGCCUUGUUCAGUCUGGAAAAAGCAGAACUAACGGCGCGGGUGUUGAGACCGAUGAUAUCAAUAUCAUCGGCAUACGCCAGCAGCUGUACACUCCUAUGAAAGAUUGUACCUGCUCGAUUCAGUUCUGCAGCUCUAAUAAUUUUCUCCAGUAGCAGAUUGAAGAAGUCGCACGAUAGAGAGUCGCCUUGUCUGAAACCUCGUUUGGUAUCGAACGGCUCGGAGAGGUCCUUCCCGAUCCUGACGGAGCUUUUCGUGUUGCUCAACGUCAGUUUACACAGCCGUAUUAGUUUUGCGGGGAUACCAAAUUCAGACAUCGCGGCAUAAAGGUAGCACCUUUUCGUGCUGUCGAAAGCAGCUUUUGAUCGGUGGGCUUUAAUUUUUCACACAAUAUGCUCGAUAGAACCUUGUACGCGAUGUUGAGGAGGCUUAUCCCGCGGUAGUUGGCGCAGAUUGUGGGGUCUCCUUUUUUAUGGAUUGGGCAUAGCACACUUAAAUUCCAAUCGUUGGGCAUGCUUUCAUCCGACCAUAUUUUGCAAAGAAGCUGAUGCGUGCUCCUUAUCAGUUCUUCGCCGCGGUGUUUGAAUAGCUCGGCCGGCAAUCUGUCGGCCCCUGCCGCUUUGUUGUUCUUCAUGCGAGCAACUGCUAUUCGAACUUCUUCAUGGCGGGCAAUGGAACGUCUGCUCCAUCGUCAUCGAUUGGGAAUUCGGGUUCGCCUUCUCCUGGUGUUAUGUGUUCACUGCCAUUCAGCAGGCUGGAGAAGUGUUCCCUCCAUAAUCUAAUAUCGGUAUUCUGCGUGAGACGAUUGUCUCAUGUCUCUAAUUGUCACAAUCUUCAUUUAGUGACCCUGUUAGUCAGGAGGCUCAUUUUGGUAUUCUGGCAGACACAGUAAAGUAGUAUACUGUAUAGUAAUAUACUGUAUCUGUCAGAAUACCAAAAUGAGACUCCUGACUAACAGAGUCACUAAAUGAAGAUUCUGACAAUUAGAGACAUGAGACAAUCGUCUCAAGCAGAAUACCGAUAUAAGUAUGCUCUGGGCAUCGGUGGCUAGAUCACCUUUGGGGGUUCUACAGGAGUAUCCUCCGGUCUUGAAACCUUCUGUAAGCCGCCGCAUUUUUUCGUAGAAUUUUCGAGCAUUACCCCUGUCGGUCAGCUUAUCAAGCUGUUCGUACUCACGCAUUUCGGCUUCUUUCUUCUUCUGUCUGCAAAUGCGUCUCGCUUCCCUCUUCAACUCUUGGUAUCUAUCCCAUCCCGCACGUGUUGUGGUCGAUCGUAACGUUGCGAGGUAGGCAGCCUGUUUUCUCUCCGCUGCGACACGGCACUCCUCGUCGUACCAGCUGUUCGUUUGCACUUUCCGAAAACCUAUGGUUUCGGUUGCAGCUGUACGUAAGGAGUUUGAUUGCCGUCCCACAGUUCCCUUACACUGAGUUGUUGACGAGUGCUCUUAGAGAGCAGGAGUGCAAGCCGUGUAGAAAAUCUUUCGGCUAUCUUUUGUGAUUGCAGCUUCUCGACGUCGAACCUUCCUUGUGUUUGUUGGCGUGCGUUUUUUGCUGCACAGAGGCGGGUGCGAAUUUUGGCUGCAACAAUAUAGUGGUCCGAGUCGAUGUUAGGACCUCGGAGCGCACGCACAUCUAAAACACUGGAGACGUGUCUUCCGUCUCUCACAACAUGAUCGAUCUGGUUGGUGGUUUUUCGAUCCGGAGACAGCCAGGUAGCUUGAUGUAUCUUGUUAUGCUGGAAUCUAGUACUACAGAUAACCAUAUUUCGGGCGCCGGCGAAGUCGAUCAAGCCUCAACCCAUUUGGGGAUGUUUCCUCGUGGAGGCUGAAUUUACCGACCGUAGUUCCAAAGAUACCUUCUUUGCCCACCCUGGCGUUGAAGUCGACAAGCACGAUUUUGACAUCGUGGCGGGGCAUCUCUCAUAGGUGUGCUCCAAGCACUCAUAAAAGUUAUUUUUGGUCACAUCGUCCUUCUCUUCCGUCGGGGCGUGGGCGCAAAUCAGCGAUAUGUUGAAGAACCUCGCUUUGAUGCGGAUUGUGGCUAGACGUUCAUUCUCCGGAGUGAAUGAUAGUACUCGGCGACGGAGUCUCUCUGCCACCACGAAUCCAACACCAAACUUGCGCUCCUUUAUAUGGCCACUGUAGUAAAUGUCACAGGGACCUACUCGUCUCUGUCCUUGUCCCGUCCAUCGCAUUUCUUAGACGGCGGUGAUGUCAGCCUUUAUUUUCACGAGGACAUCAACCAGCUGGGCAGCGGCACCUUCCCAAUUAAGGGACCGGACAUUCCAGGUGCAUGCCCUCAAAUCAUAGUCCUUAUUUCGUUUGCCAUGGUCGUCAUCAAAAGGGGGGUCUCUCAUCCGAAGCUGUUUGUUGUUUUUCAUUGAGGGUGUUUUUUACGUGGCGGGUCCCAAACCCAGCGCACAACCCUAUGCAGGGGAUGUUUCGCCUUCUCACUUUAUCUCGCCUUCAAACGGAUGUUCUUAGGCUACCCAGAGGAUACUUGGUCAAAGACCGGAAGUCGUGAGCUGCUUGAGUCAUAUGUAAAAGAAUCGUUUCUGGCCACUCCCAAGUGAAUGGCGAUCAGAGAACUUUCCUCACUUGCGUGAACUUCUACACAUGACUCCAUCCUCCUGCGAUAUGUUAUAGCACCUCUAAUUCUAUCUUUAAGUAUAUUCCUUAGCGAUAUCAUGGGACUUAUGUGACGGUCCUGGUCGAUCUUUUCCAUAAUUUUAUCGCCUUUUUUAACGAUAGGUUGACCAGAGCGAGGUGUAUCUUUCACAUCGAAAUUUCCAGCUGUAACUUUUUUUCAACUCUCCCGAUUUUUUUUGUUAAAUGAAGCUUAAAAUCUCACCUUUCCAACACUAUAUGGUAAGAAACAGAAAUGCCCCAAAAAAAGUGCAAAAUCAAAAAUUGUCAGUCAUUUAACUGAAAAUUAUGUGGAGCAGAUCAAGUUUAUUACUGGUAAGUACUUUAAAUUGAUGUACAGAGGAGCUGGAGAACAGCUGCUGUGAUAUUACCGAGUAACGAAACAAUUAUCAAGCUUGCCAGAUGGAUAGUUCGUUACUCGGUAGAACGAUAGUCUGUUAAUUUUACAAAAACAAAAUACAUGUAGAAAACUACCGAAUAACGACUAACGAAUUAACAAGGCUGGUCUGAAUACCCCUUAUAUAAGAUAACACAACAUAAAUUCCCUGACAACAAUGUCUGCAUAAUUUGGAGUCAUUUUACAUUUGAGACUCCUAUUGCACUGUUAGCUUAAUGGAAUGCGCUACACGCGCAUCCGCUCUCCCAAUUAUUAGGUAGUUGAGCGAAACACGCGCAAACCUAAUUUUGAUCACUAGGCACUUAUAGGGCUCGGGCUUAGCUUCAUAACAACCGACAAUAGAAUUAAGUUUUCAGUUUUGUAAUAAAGCUCAACAUAAGCACAUAGUGCUGCCAAGUAAAAAUUCAUUGUUUUAUUUUAUGUGGCGCCCGAGCAGGGACCGCGAAAGUUAGUUUAAAAUCGCGAAUGUAAACCAGUGAACAAUUUUGAAUUAACUAAUAAAUUCGCGUUUCCUAUUAAAAACUUCUGGUAGUUGGCCCCUAGUAAUAACAUAAUAAAUCCUUGUUUAC